AUGGUAUUGCGGUACAGUGUGCGAGGAGCAACCACGACCGAUCUCCUGAUAUACGAACUUUCGUCAGAUCCAAAUGUUCCUACGAAGAUGAAGUAUUCGCUAGCGUUAGGUUGUUCCGGCGGUUUCGGAAUCCAUGUGAUCGACAACCUGAUUGUGGUCCAUCAUCAGGGUGUCGCGAAGUCGAUGAUUUUUGAUGUAGCCCUUUCUCCCAAUCGGCCUACCCAUUCUCCACUAAUCACAGUCUCAAUAAAACCUUCUCCUGUCUGCCAACCUCCCCCUGCCUUGUACAUACCUCUUUGGUCGAUGUUCCAACCAGAUAUAGUCGUUGAUCCUGUCGCUGGGAUGAUGUACCGAUUAACGGUUUGUUGUAAUCGUGCUCAAGAUGAAAUACACGAAAAGGCUAUGCUCAUUGAAUUCCUUAUACAUCGCACGGGUCAGAAGCAGCUUGUACUUGACACAUUGCUCAACUGCUUGAAAGCAAAAGAGUUGCGGUUGCGGCAGAUUAGGAAGCUGUUUGAUCUCAUUGUUGAAAAGUUCUCUUUGUCUACUUCAGCUAUGAGCAAUGGUGCUGAGUCGUCGAAGCCACAGCUGGAGCCCGUACCUGUGCAACAUUUGCGAGUUGAACAACAGGAGAUGCAGAGCAGUAUAUUUAUCCCAAUGAUGGUACGUUGA